UGUGCACUGUGUAGGUGGUGUGUGCGUUACACCACGCUCUCUCCCACAGCAGUGCCGGAGGUUCAUUCAUCCUCGGCGCACAUUCCAUUCUUUCGCGAUACUUCAUCCUCCGAAAAAUCGGUUGGGCUAGACAUUUCUAAUCAUACGUAUGAAUAAGUAAAAUAACAAAUUGUAUACAAAAUGUCACUGGUUUGCCGUCACUCGCUAUUCACCCUGGCUUUGCUGAUACUGUUUUCCGCGCACAGUACAACCGAGCAGAUCGAUUGCGACAUCCCUUCGAUCUUCGAAGUCAAAGUGGACGACAACAAAAAAAUAUUCGUGUUCGACGCGGAAAUCUCGGUGAGGUACAGCAGGAGCAAGCUGGCCGUGUACAAUUACGCGGAUACGAAUCAAGUCAAUUUUUUGGUCAACGAUUCCGUGAUCGUUUUUUCGGGGCACAUACUUCAAGACGAAAGAAUCGACCUCAAAAAGGCCAAAGUAUCGCUGGACAUCGACACGAAAAUCGCCGGAACUCUGCAACUCGCGAACGACGCCGUGGCUAACUGCAAGGUGUACCUGGCUAGGCGUAAAAACGACGACCGGGAUCUGUCGAGGUAUCUGCAAGCCGAGAUUCUGGAUCGAGCGCGGGUAUGCCUCGAGUCGGCGGUGUGCGAGAACUCGAACGACGUGAAAAACGGGGUUGGCCGCCAGUACGAUUUCGGAGAUGUUGUUUUCGUGCCGUCGAAAAAACCGGCCGGCUCGAGGGACAACUUCAACGUCGAGGCACUCGACGGCGAGAACGUGCGGCCGAUCGUGUACUCGGUCGGUCCGCAGGAGAUGAACGACAAAUUGCAGUCGACCAUCAACGUGAUCGUGGACAUAGCACUGGCGGAAAUCGUCAAGGAGAUGAAGAAGGAGUACAACGGGACCAUCAAGAUCCCAGACAUCUCGGAGAGCUUCAUCAGUCCCAUUUUGAAGCUUAGCAUCAAAUUCAACGCGUACAACGGACACUUUUCAGACAUAGCGACGCUGUCGAGGGUAGGCAAUGCUUCUUUUUCCCACACGGGCGAGCUGUACAUAGCGUCGUGCGCCUUCGGCCUCUCCGAGGCCAAUAUUCGUUACAACAAAUACUCGGUGAGCUACAUCGGCGUGAAAUUGGGCGGCAAAGUGACGGCUGUAGUCGAGGGAGUGUCGGUGUUUGUGACCGUAGUGGUCGACUUUAGCGAAAAACCGUGCCAGAUACGACUGAUGGACCUGAGGCUGAUCAAACUCGGCGAUGUCGAGGUCGACAUCACCGGUCUCGGGCCGUUCAACCGGCUCUACUCGAUACUCGUGUCUUGGGUCACGAAAAAGUGGAAAAGCGACAUCGUCGGGCAAAUCGAGAAACAAGUUCGGACCACCGUCGAGGAUUACAUGAGGAAAUUCGAUUGCGAGAAGUUUAGGUACGAAUGUGCCAUCGUGACUGCGUUUCGACGCUCUGAUUUAGCUAUGUCGGGGCCACCUUCGUACCCAAUUCUGGCAAUUAUGACGGCUCUAUUGAGUUCAUCGGUCCUUUCGACCGAGUGGUUGGAAUGCGAUCCACCAAAAAGUUUCGCGAUAGAGCUAGGAAACGGGAAGAAAUUGCUGGUCCACGAUGCCCAAGUCAACGUGACGUACAACAGGGACGAACUGGCGGUUUACGAGUAUCCUGGUAUCAACGACGUUAACAUUCUCAUCAACAAUACCGUCGUGUCCUUCUCGGGUCACGUGCUGUCGGAGAACGAACAAGUCGUCGAGGGUGACGCUGACAGGGUGUCGAAAAUCUUCAACUCCAAAAUCGCUGGUUUCGCGAAACUAUUGAAGGGACGAGACAACAACAACGACCUACUCCGCACCUUGACCGAUUACAGCCUGUACCUGUCGAGGAACCGCAAAGAAGCAGAACUGGAGCUGCCGAAAAAAGUCCAGGUGGAGAUCAUCCACGAGGCGGUCUCGUGCGUCAAAUCCACCCUCGACGGGAAGAUCGGCAACGUCACGGAGCGAGAUCUGGACCGAGGCAGGCUGCAUCCCUACAACUUCGGCUCCAUCUCAGCCGUCUCGGGCGACCUCGAUGACCUGCGCUCCAAGUCCUACAGAGUCAGCGCCGAGGAUGCAAAGCUGGUGCUGUCGAACCUCACCAACUUGGGCCUUGACCACGUCGGCCAACACGAUGCACUGCAGCGAGCCAUCAACAAAAUCGUCGACCUGGUGGUCGCCGAGCUUGCCGCGAGAAUGCAACGGAAGAACGAGGGUAAGAUCGAGAUCCCGGACUUGAGCCAGAACUUUUCGACGGGUUCCUCCUGGUGGAGAACCACCGGCGAGUUUGGGGCUUUCGACGGCACCUUCGAAGAUCUGACCACCAUUUCGAGGAGGGGAAACGUGUCCCUGUCCCGAAAAGGCGCCAACUUCUCGGCGUCGUGUGGCUUCGCCCUGCCAGUGUCGAGAAUGAACUACCGCGGCUACGGGCUGAGGUACGGCGUGGCCAAGGUGAGCGGGAAGUUGUCGGCGAGCUUCGACGGUCUGAGCCUGUUGGCGUCGGGCUCGGUGGAUUUCGCCGAGCGGCCUUGCAGGGCCGUUUUGCUGGACACCCGGGUCGUCGACCUCGGCAAGGUCAAGGUCAAGGUCACGGGCUUGGGUCCGCUCAAGAUGUUGCUGUCGAAGCUGGCCACGUGGAUCACGAAGAAGUGGAGGGACGAGAUCGUCGUGGCGGUCGAGGACAAGCUCCGGGAGAUCGUGGCCAGGCAUUUGGGCGCCUUCGAUUGCGAGAAGUACAGGCUGGAGCGAGCUGCUUUUUGAAGCUGGUCGUAUCGUUGUUGU